CAAUGUUUUUUUUUUCUCAUUGUCCCGCUAGCCAUUUUUGAGCGAAAGAGAGAUGGGAAACAGUAUAGGCAGAGGCAGGAAGGCAAAGGUGAUGAAGAUUGAUGGCGAAACGUUCAAGUUAAAAACUCCGGUGACCGCUCGGGAAGUCGUCAAGGACUAUCCGGGGCACGUACUGCUGGAUUCGGAGGCCGUUAAGCAUUUCGGAAUCCGAGCUAAAGCAUUAGAGCCUGAACAGGAACUGAAGCCAAAGCGAAUAUAUUUUCUGGUAGAAUUGCCAAAGUUUCCUGAAGAGAAUAAAGAGCCUAGUAGGACCCCCAGGAGGGUUCGCUCAGGAAUUCAGAUGAGUGCUAAGGACAGGCUUGAAUUCCUGAUGCUUUCUCGGAGAUCAGUUUCCGAUCUCGCAAUUGCGAGGCCGUUAUCUAGCCAAGUUCCUAAUGGGUCUGCUCCAGUUCGCGUCAAAAUGAGGCUUCCAAAGGCUCAAGUUGAAAAGCUGGUGGAAGAGAGCAAAGAUGAAGUAGAGAUGGCUGAAAAGAUUGUUGAUCUUUUCAUGGAAGAUUCCGAUGAAGUUAAACGUGGUGAUUUGAACCGGCGGCAAGUUCAAUGGAGGCCGGAGCUUGGUAGCAUAGGAGAGAAUCUUAAACCACGUGAGAAGAGAGUGAGUUUUGUACCAGACGAAGGGGAAAUCCAGUUAGCCUUAGCCUCCCACUAGCACUGAUCAACAAGAGAAAGGCAGAUUUAAGCAAAUUUUAAGGCUAUGUGCAUUUAUAAAUAAGAAGCAGAUAUAUAAAAAUGUUGAGAAAUCUAUUUUUGAAAAUGGGUAUUGGACCAAAUUUAUCUAGAAAUCAAGUGUCCCCAUCGUGUUGGUAGUUGGAAAAGUAGUGGGUUGUAUUCUUCUUGUGAUGGCCAUUUUUGAUAUUGGUUCUCAAAUUACAAGAUAAUAUUUUCAUUGGAGCAUUUGGUCAUGUAGCUGAUGUAUUAGUUAGUAUGCUGCCUGUCAUGGGCAAUGACUCUUUUGUAUCCUCUCAUCUUGGCUUUGUACUCCCUUAUUAGUUAGUAUAAGAAUAUUAAUUUCAUAA